CGGAGAAGGGAGGGGGAGCAGGAGGGGAGGGCUCAAGAGGGAGGGCAACAUGUUGAGGAUUGAGACGGUGUCGGAGUGGAAGCGACUCAAGGGAGGAGAGGAGACCUCUCUCUGCGCGCAAGGGCAGUCCCUCGCCGUCUUCUUCCUCAGUCACCCCGCCAGCGUCGCCAGUCAGCGCGUGCUCGAGCUUGCUGAGUCCCGUGCGGCCCGCGUGCAAGGGCUAGUGAUGUGCAGCAUGCGGGUGGACGAGUGUCUGGAUGAGCUCGCGCGUGAGGGCGUGAGAUUCUCCGGGCAGUUUCCCGUCCUGCACGUGUACAAGGACGGGCAGAAGAAACAUCAGGUUGUUGGAGGAGAUCUGAAAGCCUACGAGCAGCUGCUGUCAAGCUACGAGGAGGGGGGGGAGGAGGCGAGGCGAGGCGAGGAUGGUCUCCUCCCCCCCCGAGGAAGCAUCGGAGAGGUGAAGACGCUCGGAGACUUUCAGCAGCUGCUCGAGCAGGCGAGGGAUCGAGUUGUCGUUGUUGACUUCACCGCUUCCUGGUGCCAACCCUGCAAGCGGAUGAAGCCAACGCUAGAGCGACUGGCAGCAAGACAUGAGGAAGGAGUGUUUGUGACGGUGGACGUGGACGAGAACGAUGAAACUGCAUCCUUCUGCCACAUCGAGUCCAUGCCGACAUUCCUGCUGUACAAGGGAGGAGAACAAGUUGGGUCAGUGCUGGGAGCGAGGGAGGCGGAGCUGAGAGAAGCCGUAGCUCGUCUGUUUUCAUGACCUUCUGGAUUGGGGUGAAGAAGACUUGGAUUGCCCC